ACUCAGUGUAUAAUACAGUAUAUAAUACAGUAUUGGAGUUCACUAUUGUCUGCAAUAUAUAAAUACAUGUAUUAUAUAAAAUGGAUGAAGACAUCCAUCGAUUGGAUCCAUUGAUUAGUGUCCAGACAUCACACAUUACAACACAUACCGACACUAAUAUGAGUCGCUCGAUGGCCGAUACGAUGGACGACCCGCACAGUGGCCAUACAUCGCAUGUUUGUCAUCCCUUACAUCGGUAUCGAUCGCGAACUUCAUUUGGCAGACAAUUAUCCAAUACUGAGAUUUCUCGACGAAGACGUGAUAGUCUAUCGACACUCAACUAUCAUAAUCUAUCAAACAGUGGAUCUGUCAGUAAUGUUGUCUCUUCAGGUGAGACAUGCAAUUUGGUGCGAUUCCGGUCAUCACUUAUGGGUCAAUCGGCUCCAUCAUUGUCCACAACAUUAAAGGAGGCAAACACAACAAGAAAAGCACAUCGAUGUGCAGCCCGUAAAAGCCUCAUCCCGAUUACAUCACCAACACUACCCAGAUCUCCAUUACCACAAAGCAGUCCAGUAGACAGUCCGCGGAAUAUGUCUCCGUCGACACACUUUGUGUUUACGGCCAACAGGAAGAUUGAAGGACGCCGUUGGUCAGUGGCUUCAUUGCCGUCGUCAUCGGGUUACGGCACUAAUACACCAAAUAGUUCUAAUUCUCAGUGCUCUUCACAAGAAAAACUACACCAAUUGUGCCAUUUAUCUCAUGAAGAGUCCGCACACACACCUGUAACACAUACUCAUCAUUUACAUCACUGUUGUCAUCACACUAACCAUAAUCUUCUACAGCAUACACAUCACCAUAAGAUACUAAAUUUAGAAACGGCUCAACAUUUCAGUAGUAAUGAUAGCAAUACUGGAUAUGACGAUGAGAUACGAUCUCUCUCACCAAUGGUUAGGCCUCGUUCUCGUAGUCUCAGUAGUCCUGUUCGAUCUCCCAGUACUGACAACGAAAGGAUUUUAAUGAAUAAUCUAUAUAAAGAAAGAUUUCCAAAGGCUACUCAACAAAUGGAAGAAAAAUUAUCUAAAUUUAUUGCGGAUCAGAUGAAUAUCGAUGAUAUCGAGUCGUCAGCAGCAUCUGAUGCAGUGUUCCGCUUUGCUCACCAUCAGGUAAUAGGAUUGGCUAAAGAUUGUCUUGAAAAGUCAAAAGAUAAGCUCAUCACAUCUCAAUACUUUUGUGAAUUGUCUGAAAAUUUAGAGAAACUUUUAGUUGAGUGUCGCGAAAAGUCACAGAUAGCAGCAAAUCAAUUAUGUUUACUCGUUAAGAGAUUUCUAAUCAUUGUCUCCCGUCCCGCGCGACUACUUGAAUGUCUUGAAUUUGAUCCAGAAGAAUUUUAUCGUUUAUUAGAGGCCGCUGAGGGACAGGCAAAGUCAGCUCAAGGCAUAAAAGUUUCUGUUCCGCAAUAUAUUAUCAAUAAGUUAGGUCUCAAUAGAGAUCCAUUAGCAGACCUUUCCCCAGAUAUGGGAGAUUUAGAAACAAAAGAUAUCAACGAAGUAGAUAUAGAGUCAACUGAAAAGAGUGCUGAAGUGACAAAACCCCCCUCAGAGGAUGACUACGAGACAAUCAAAUUGAUUAGUAACGGUGCUUACGGUGCCGUACAUCUAGUUAGACAUAAACAAAUGAGACAAAGGUUUGCUAUGAAAAAGAUUAAUAAACAGAAUCUACUUUUACGUAAUCAAGUGGAACAAGUAUUUGCUGAACGAGAUAUCAUGAGUUUUACUGAUAAUCCAUUUGUAGUUUCAAUGUUCUGUAGUUUUGAAACUAAACGCUACUUAUGUUUGGUUAUGGAGUACGUGGAGGGCGGCGAUUGUGCCACUCUUCUCAAAAAUAUGGGACCAUUUCCUCUUGAUUUGGCUCGUCUUUACUUUGCAGAGACUGUAUUAGCUGUUGAAUAUCUUCACAGCUUUGGUAUUGUUCACAGAGACUUGAAACCGGAUAAUCUAUUAAUAACCGCUUUGGGUCACAUAAAGUUAACUGACUUUGGAUUAUCCAAAAUGGGUUUAAUGAAUUUGGCCACAAGUUUGUCUGAAGGAUAUCUCGAUCGGGAGACCAAACAAUUUACAGAUAAACAAGUUUUUGGAACUCCUGAAUAUUUGGCACCCGAAGUGAUUCUCAGACAAGGAUACGGUCGUACAGUUGACUGGUGGUCGUUAGGUGUCAUACUUUAUGAGUUUCUCAUUGGUUGUGUCCCUUUCUUUGGUGAUACACCUGAAGAGUUAUUUGCACACGUCAUCAAUGACGAGAUUGAAUGGCCUGAUGAAGAUGAUUGGUCUAUGAAUGAUGAUUCCAAAGAUAUUAUAAAUCAACUUUUGCAACACAAUCCUAUUGAUAGGUUAGGCGCUGGUGGAGCUCAUGAAGUCAAAGAACAUUCAUUUUUUGACGGAAUUAAUUGGGAAGCAUUACUUCGACAAAAAGCAGAAUUUGUACCACAACUUGAUGGAGAAGAUGAUACCAGUUAUUUUGAUAGUCGCGCAGAACGUUAUAACCACGAAUGUGCUGAUUCUGAAGACAUGGAAGACACUGAUGAUAGCUCUUUAUUUGGAAGCUUUUCUUCAUGUUCUCCCAGAUAUCGUAAAGUAUGUUCAAGAGUUGACAAUAUUUUAGAACAAGAAAAUAAACUUCGAUUGUCAACCUCUUCAACAUCUCUUAAAGAGGAAAUUACAAGUGUUUGCAAACCUCGGGCCAGUUCUACUAAAUCUGAUUCAGCUAUUUCUAGAUCUAUGAGUAUAACUGAUGAACAAUUGAUGAUUGAAGGAUCGAGUCUUAGGAUAGGAAGUGUUAAAUUUUAUAAACAUAAAACUCAAAGCACUCUCGAUUCACGGGAUUCAUCACAAACGGAAUCAGAAGACUUUUCUCCACAAACUCAACGAAAACGAAAGCCAUUGAGUAUAGCAAAAGACUCGUUACCGAAGUUUUCAUUCAGUGUUGACGAUACGUCAGCAUUAUAUGAAGACACCAAUGUUUUGCCAUCACUAAUCAAAGAGUUGACGCCACUCGAUGAAUGUCUCACAUCAAGUGAUGAGAAGAAUAUUUACAGAAGAAAAUCUGACGUACCAUACAAUCCACAGUCGGGACAAUCGGUAUCAACUAAAAUGUCGAUUCCUACUGUAUCUCCAUUGAAACAACCAACGCGGUCCAGAGCAGUCAUCAAGUCUGCCUCAGCUUCUGGCUUAUCGCUAAUCAUAUCAUCUGACGACACAUCAGUUGCGCGCAUCAAUUCUUUGGCCGCUACAUCGUCUGGUGGAUCGACUACCAGUUCACGCGAUGCCUCACCAAAUCGAGAACUUAGUUCAUUAGCGGCUCAACUUAAGCCACCGAUAAUAUUGCGUAAAGGACCCCGAGGUUUCGGGUUUACUCUUAAAGCUAUUCGAGUAUAUUAUGGAGAAUCUGAUUAUUUUAUAGUCAAUCAUUUAGUAUUAGCCGUUGAAAAUAAUAGCCCAGCUUUUGAAGCCGGCUUAAGACCUGGCGAUCUUAUAACUCAUAUCAAUGGUGAGCCCAUCACUGGUUUACUCCAUCCACAAGUUUUACAAUUGGUUUUAUCGGGUGGAGAUAAAGUCAAUAUAAGAACGACACCGUUGGAGAACACGAGUAUCAAAGCUAAUGGUCGCAAACGAAAUCCACAUACAAGCAAAAUGGCCCGAAGACCGGUCAGCGCUAAUAAACAUCACAAGAAUGUCAAAUCAAAUCACGUUAAACGAAGUGAUUCUGAUAAAAGACGUCGAUCUUCUUUAUUUAGAAGACUUAGCUCUAAGAGAGCCAGUGUUGAAAUGAAUCAAUUAGUUAUUAAUACUUCGGGUGGAUCGCCGCAGUUGACACCACUUACACCACCUGCUGUGCCAUUGGGAGCGCAGCAAAUAACUCCGAGUCGAAGCUGUCAAUCAUUACACAAAACAUUAGCUAAUAUGUCAAUCGAUAGUCCCGUUACCAGUACACCAACAACCACUUCAACCGUCUCAACCCCUGCCUAUCGAUUUACCACAUGUUCUCAGUCUGAUUCAUCCAAUACAACUGGCAAUUCAUCAGUUGACAGUUCCCCAACUAAUUCCGCUCCCAACUCUCCCGCCAGUAAUACCAGACCUUCUAGUCUUCACGGUCUCAAACAUAAACUCAUUCAAACAUUUCGAUCUCCUCGACGCAAGUCCUGCGGACACAUUCCUCUCUCUCCUUUGGCCCGAACUCAAGGUGUGUCUCCCACUGUCAAUACACUUCAGGCCACAUCACCGACCUCACGGUCUCCAUCUCCGCUUGCAUUCCCUGUUCAUCACCAAAUUGGUAACUCACAAAUCACACAAACAUAUGUACUUCAAAAGAACUCUUCGGGAGUCAAAUUAACGUCAAAUUUGUUGCCAAUUACUAAUAAUCUCUUGACUCCAAGCGAUACGAUGCGAACCAAUGCUGGCGAUGGAAUGCAUUCAUUACAACGAAGUGCUUCUCCAGAAUUAAUAAAUACCUCAUCUGAUAAUAACGGUUCAUAUGUCGUCAAAUUGAAGAGAGAUUCGUUAACCAGUUCUCCACUGGCAUUGGCUUCAUGUCCGCCCUCAACAACUAAGAUAAUGAUGGAAUCAAUUAAAAAGCAAAGCAAUCUCUCAAUGACUAACAUAAAUAAAUUAGAAAAAUGUGAACAACCGGGUUGUUGUCAAAUAUCACCAAAACAGUCAUCUUUUAAACUAAAGCAAAGUGACAGUUCAGUGUCGGACUUGCGAAACACAUGUAUUCAAAGACAUGAAUCAUUAAAUAAGUCAAAUAUUGUCGUAUCUGAGGUACAACAAGUCAAACACAACUCCAGUUUGAGCACUAGUAGUACUGCAAAUAGUAGUUGCAGUUCAGUGAUUAGCACAAAGACUGGCAAAACAUCUUCAACCACUACAAGUAUCUCAUCUAAUACUAAAAAUGUCUUUAAACAGACAUCUUCUGACAAAAAGAAGACAUCAAAUCGUCUGACAUCUAAAUCAUUGAGCACUUCAUCGAAAAGCAAUUUUAACAAAUGAUA